CGGCUCUGGGACUACGGGGUAAUUCCGUACGUCAUCGACGGCAACUUUAGUGGCGACAACGAGGCCUUGUUCAAGCAGGCCAUGCGACACUGGGAGAAUUACACCUGCAUCAAAUUUGUACCGAGGGAGAGCGAACAUCCCUCGUGGAUCACCUUCACGGAGCGGCCGUUCGAUAAGGCCAUGCGACACUGGGAGAAUUACACCUGCAUCAAAUUUGUACCGAGGGAGAGCGAACAUCCCUCGUGGAUCACCUUCACGGAGCGGCCGUGUGGCUGCUGUUCCUUCGUGGGCAAGAAGGCGCCGGGAUCUCAAGCCAUUUCCAUUGGCAAAAACUGUGACAAACUGGGCAUCGUCAUUCACGAGUUAGGACACGUCGUUGGCUUCUGGCACGAACACACUCGUCCAGACCGCGACAGUUACGUUCAUAUCAUUCUGGAAAACAUCAUGCCCAACCAAGAGUACAACUUCAACAUGCUGACCAAGGACGAGGUCGACUCUCUGGGGCUGCCCUACGACUACGCUUCCAUCAUGCAUUACGCGCGCAAUACCUUCUCCAAGAACACGUAUUUGGACACGAUUUUGCCGAAUAAGAGUCCGAACUCUGCGGAGAGACCCGAGAUCGGGCAGCGUGUGAAACUGUCCGAGGGCGACAUCGCACAGACCAAAUUGUUGUACAAAUGCCCGACUUGCGGCGGGACGAGACUGACGAGCACGGGGGUCAUUCGGUCCCCGGACUGGCCAGCAGCAGUCGAAAACGCGACGGACGUGGACCCCGUGGAGAAUGAGAUUUUCGACCCCAAGAGCCCGAUGGCGCAGGCGCACGCCAUCUUGAACCGCGGGCGCCUGGGCUACAAUUGCGAGUGGCGCAUCUCCGCCACGCACGGCGAGCGCAUCUCUCUCAACAUCACGUCCAUGAACCUCUUCAAGUCUGACCGGUGCGACGUGGACUACAUCGAAGUCCGAGACGGAUAUUGGCACAAGUCUCCACUCUUGGCCAUUUGUGGAGGAGAUUUGGAAGUGGAACACGGACAUCUGGAAAGUCCCAAUUACCCUGACACUUACCAGGAGAACAAGGAGUGCAUUUGGCGGAUAACAGUUCCGAAAGAGUACCAGGUGGUGCUGAGAUUUCAAACUUUUCAGAUUGAGAACCACGACGACUGCUAUUAUGAUUUCAUCGAAGUUCGGGACGGUCAUUCGGCAGACUCACCGUUGAUCGGCAAGCAUUGCGGCUACAAGACACCGGAAGACCUUGUGGCUUCCGGAAACAAGAUGUACAUCCGGUUCAAAUCAGACGACACGAUUGCCAAGCCCGGUUUCUCCGCGGUCUUCAUGAAAGAAUACGACGAAUGCGCGAGAUUGGAUCACGGGUGCCAACAUUUGUGCGUCAACACCCUGGGAGGGUUCGAGUGUCGCUGCAAAAUCGGAUACGAAUUGCACUCCAACGGCAAAGACUGCGAAGACGCUUGCGGUGGGACGAUCGAUUCAGAAAACGGGACGAUCGUGUCGCCGUCGUACCCGGAAAUGUACCCGAGCAACAAGGAGUGCACUUGGGAGAUCAUCGCCCCGCCGAACCACAAGAUCACCCUGAACUUCACCCACUUUGACUUGGAGGGCACGAACGAGGACUGUGGGUACGACAAGGUGGAGAUUGCCAGCCUGCUGCCCGAGAACAAGACCUACAAGCACGGCUCGUUUUGCGGCGACACCUUGCCGCCGCCGGUGUCGUCCAAAGUCAACGCCAUCCGCGUCACUUUCAAGGCUGACUCGUCAGUGCAGAAAUCCGGCUUUGCACUCGUCUACUUCAUGGAUAAGGACGAGUGCUUGACGAACAACGGCGGGUGCCAGCACGUGUGCACCAACACGAUCGGGUCCUACGUGUGCAGCUGCAACAACGGGUUCGUCCUGCACCCGGACAAGCACGGCUGCAAAGAAGGCGGCUGCAAACACAAGGUCACGCGCUCCGAAGGCAACUUCUCCAGCCCCAACUACCCCGAGUUCUACCCGGGCGACAAGGAGUGCGUCUGGCACUUCACCACCACGCCCGGGCACCGCAUCAAAAUUACAUUUUUGGAAUUCGAACUGGAGCCGCAUCAGGAAUGCACUUAUGACCACAUCGCCAUUUAUGAUGGACCCGACAAUCUCAGCUUCAUGUUGGGACGGUUCUGCGGGUCCAAGAUCCCUCAUCCGAUCGUCGCCAGCUCCAACGAAUUGUACAUGGAGUUCAAAAGUGACGGCUCUGUUGAGCGCAAAGGUUUCCUCGCCGAUCAUCGCACUGUUUGCGGCGGACACUUGAAAGCCGAGCGACAAGUGCGGCAUCUGUACUCACACGCCAAGUACGGGGACCACGACUACAAGAACCACGAGGAGUGCGAGUGGAAAAUCGAGGUGAGUCCGGGAGCGAGGAUCAAGCUCACGUUCCUCACGUUCCAUCUGGAGGACGACCAGGAGUGUGCCUAUGACUCUGUGGAGAUCCAGAGUGGCUACGAAGAGUCUCCACCGCAAUUCGGACCCUACUGCGGAACCAAGGUAAACUAUGCGUUUUUCUCUCAAUUUAUCCCUCCCCGUAUCGAGGAGAAAACAAGUUCAUUGUGA